AUGGGAAAACAAGUGACGAACCCGGUGAAGAAAGAGUUCAAAAAGAAGCCAAAUUUCAAAAAGAACAAAUUCAGCAAGAAAAGGGAAGAAGAAAGACCAUCGAAAUUCUCAAAAACUGCUGCGGAGAAACGAAAAGAAAUCGGAGAAAAAGCGAAGGAAAGGAAGCGAGCGGCGAAGGCAAAGAAAGAAUCAGAAAAACAACAGAAGCUUGACGAGCGCGAAGAACGAAACCGAAUCAUGAAGAUGCGAACGAAGAAAGGCCAGCCAGUGCUAUCCGCUAGAAUCGGCCUCAUGUUCAAAGACAUGCAGAAGAACCCAGACUUGUAUAAGACCGAAUCAAAUAUUUGA